AAAUCCCUAGCCCAACUAAGACAGAGGGAGAGAAGAAGAAGCAUAUCUGAGCAGCAAUGGCGGCCACAGCAUCGAUCCAGUCAUCCUUAACGAAACCAAGCUUCACCACCUUACAAAAUUCCCCUUCUUUCUCUCCUAUCUCCAACAUCAGAUUUUCCAGUCCCCUCACAUCUCCUUCCAAACUCCUUUCUUCCGUUUCGUUUCAUACACCACAACCUCAACCUCAACCACUCUCAUUUCGCCGAUCAGCAACUGCCUCACCCGUCGCAAAUGCAUCCUCCACCACCUUCCACGGCCUCUGCUACGUCGUCGGUGACAACAUUGAUACCGAUCAAAUCAUUCCCGCCGAAUACCUAACCCUAGUCCCAUCCAACCCCGACGAGUACAAGAAACUAGGCUCCUACGCCCUAAUUGGCCUUCCUUCAUCUUAUCCAAUCCGAUUCGUUGAACCAAAUGAGUAUACAUCCAAAUACUCAAUCAUCAUCGGAGGCGACAACUUUGGAUGCGGCUCAUCAAGGGAGCACGCUCCAGUGGCUCUAGGCGCCGCCGGGGUUUCUGCUGUGAUUGCUGAGUCGUACGCUAGGAUUUUCUUCAGGAAUUCUGUCGCUACCGGCGAGGUUUACCCUGUAGAAACGGAGGUUAGGAUUUGUGAAGAGUGCAAAACUGGAGAUGUUGUAACAAUUGAGCUUGGUGAGGUAAACAAGUUGAUUAAUCAUACUAGUGGUAAAGAGUAUAAGCUGAAGCCUAUUGGAGAUGCUGGCCCGGUUGUUGAGGCAGGUGGUAUCUUUGCUUACGCUAGGAAGACUGGGAUGAUUCCAUCACAGUCUGCUUAAGGAUCUUUGAACUUGUAGUAGUAGCAGCAGCAGCAGUUAUAUGCAUGUUCAAGGAAGAAGAAGAAGCAUGAAUAUUCAUUAUCAUUCUCCAGGUUUUGAGUCAAUUUACUUCCUUUUUUGUAUAAUUAAACUUUAGAGUGUUUAAGGGUCUAGUCUCUUUUGAUCUGCUUGCUUUACUUAUUUGUGCAUCAAAGAUUUGAGUUGUUGUUGCUGCUUAAACCCUAAACCAUGUAAUAAAAUCAUCCCUUCUAUUGGAUGCAACUUUCAAUUCCCAUUUUAU